AUGAGUGCCGAGGAGACCAACACCACCACCGUCGCCGCCUUUGGCAAGACGGCCGGCGGAAACUCUGCCUACACCAACUUCAACAACCAGUUCGCCCACGUCGAGUCGCUGGCCGAGCGCCGCCGCCUGGCCCUCGCCGAGAUCGACAAGGCCCCCUUUGGCUGGUACCAUGUCCGCGCGUGUGUGGUUGCCGGUGUCGGUUUCUUCACUGACUCGUACGACAUCUUCACGGCCUCGAUGCUGACCAUCAUGCUGGGCAUCGUCUACUAUCCUGGCGUCGGCAAGAUGCCUGCCUCCUCGGACAACGCCAUCAAGCUGGCCACCUCGGCCGGUACCGUCGUCGGUCAGCUUGGUUUCGGUAUGCUGGCCGAUAUCGUCGGUCGUAAGCGCAUGUACGGUCUCGAACUCAUGGUCAUCAUCUUUGCCUCUCUUGCCCAGUCCCUCACUGCCCAGGGCCCUGCCGUCAACAUUGUCGGUCUCAUCAUCUUCUGGCGUGUCAUCAUGGGUAUCGGUAUCGGUGGUGACUACCCUCUCUCCAGUAUUAUUACUUCCGAGUUCGCUACCACCAAGUGGCGUGGUGCCAUGAUGGGCGCCGUCUUCGCCAUGCAGGGUUUCGGCCAGCUCGGUGCCGCCCUUGUCAUGUUGUUCGUCACCCUCGGCUUCAAGAACGCUCUUGAGGGUGCCAAGGACGUCGCUCACUGCACCGGUGAUUGCCAGGUCGCCGUCGACAAGAUGUGGAGGACCCUCAUUGGCUGCGGUGUCGUUCCCGCCUGCAUUGCCCUCUACUACCGUCUUACCAUCCCCGAAACCCCCCGUUACACCUUCGAUGUUGCUCGCGAUGUCGAGCAGGCCGACGAGGACGUCAAGGCCUACAUCAGCGGCAAGCGCGAGGGUGAGCCUGACCAGGUUUCCCGCGCCGAGACCCAGAAGCAGGCCCAGAAGGGCCUCGAGGUCCCCAAGGCCAGCUUCCGCGACUUCUGCCGCCACUACAGCAAGACCAAGAACUUCCUGCUCCUCCUCGGUACUGCUGGCUCUUGGUUCUGCCUUGAUGUCGCCUUCUACGGUCUCUCCCUGAACAACGGUACCAUUCUUGAGGCCAUUGGCUUCGCCACCUCUGGCGGCAAAGUCAAGAACGUCUACCAGCUCCUCUACAACACCGCUGUCGGCAACGUCAUCAUCGUUCUUGCUGGUGCCGUCCCCGGUUACUGGGUCUCCGUUGCCACCAUUGAUACCAUCGGCCGCAAGCCCGUCCAGAUGGCCGGCUUCAUCAUCCUCACCAUUCUCUUCAUCGUCAUGGGCUUCGCCUACCACCAUCUUUCCGCCAACGCCCUCCUCGCCAUCUACGUCAUUGCCCAGUUCUUCUUCAACUUUGGUCCCAACGCCACCACCUUCAUCGUCCCCGGUGAGGUCUUCCCUACCCGCUACCGUUCUACCUCACACGGUAUCUCUGCCGCCUCUGGCAAGAUUGGCUCCAUCAUCGGCCAGGGUGCCAUCGCCAGUCUGCGCACCCGCGGUGCCACCAAGACCAACGCCUCCCCUUGGCUCGACCACGUCCUCGAGAUCUUCGCCCUCUUCAUGCUUCUCGGCUGCUUCACCACCCUUCUCAUCCCCGAGACGGCCCGCAAGACGCUCGAGGAGCUGUCUGGCGAGGACGACUACGCUGCCAACCCCCACGAUGUCGAGGCUGCCGCUGUCGAGAGCAAGCCUGUCUCGGCUUAA